AUGGCGCUGUUCAGACGCUUCUUUUACCGGAAGCCGCCGGAUCGGCUUCUUGAGAUCUCCGAGAGAGUCUACGUAUUUGACUGUUGCUUCUCUACGGACGUGUUGGGAGAAGAUGAGUACAAGGUGUACUUGGGCGGCAUCGUAGCACAGCUACAAGACCACUUUCCUGAUGCGUCCUUCAUGGUGUUUAACUUUAGAGAAGGAGAGAGGCGGAGCCAAAUAUCUGACAUAUUGUCUCAGUAUGACAUGACAGUUAUGGAUUACCCUCGGCAAUACGAGGGCUGUCCUAUGCUGCCACUCGAGAUGAUCCACCACUUCCUUCGAUCAAGUGAAAGCUGGCUGUCCUUGGAAGGCCAGCAAAAUGUGCUGUUAAUGCAUUGUGAAAGAGGAGGUUGGCCUGUACUUGCUUUCAUGCUUGCAGGUCUUUUGUUAUACCGGAAACAGUAUACUGGGGAGAUCAAGACUCUUGAAAUGGUCUACAAGCAAGCUCCUAGGGAACUUCUCCAUGUUUUGUCACCUUUAAACCCACAGCCUUCCCAACUUAGAUAUCUUCAGUACAUUUCUAGAAGAAAUUUUGGUUCUGAUUGGCCUCCAUCAGAUACUCCUUUGCUGUUGGAUUGUCUGAUGCUCAGGUCCCUUCCAUUAUUUGAGGGGGGCAAAGGUUGCCGGCCAGUUGUACGUGUUUAUGGCCAGGAUCCUUCAAAACCAGCCAAUAGAACUUCCAAGCUUCUGUUUUCAACAUCAAAGACUAAAAAACAUGCUCGACUCUACCAGCAGGAAGAGUGUAUACUAGUGAAAAUAGAUAUACGGUGCCGUAUUCAAGGGGAUGUUGUUCUUGAGUGCAUCCAUUUGGAUGAAGAUUUGGUACGUGAGGAGAUGAUGUUUAGAGUGAUGUUUCACACAGCCUUUGUGCGGGCCAAUAUUUUGAUGCUCAUUCGUGAUGAGAUUGACACUCUCUGGGAUGCAAAGGACCAAUUUCCAAAGGACUUCAGAGCAGAGGUACUUUUCGCGGAUGCUGAUGCUGUUGUGCCUAAUAUCACCACAGUCGUGGCGAAUGAAGAUGGAAAUGAGACAGAAAGUGCUUCACCUGAGGAAUUUUUUGAGGUGGAAGAAAUUUUCAGCAAUGUAGUAGAUGGUCAUGAAGCGAAGGUGGAUGGUGCUUCUCAUAUAGUCCAUGACAACAUGCCAAUUGAUGUAGACAGUAAAGAAGUCUGGAAGGAGGAUUCAGAUAUUCACUCAUUUGAAGACUGUGCUUCUGAUGACGGGAAUCACAAACAGGAGAGGAAGCUAAAUUCUAGUGUUGAUGCAGUGAAGGAUAUUGCUGUGGAUGAUGUCAAGUACAAGGUUGAUGAGAAGGUGGAUUCUGCUUUUCUGGCAGUGAAAGACAUUAUUGUGGAUGAUGGGGAUCUCAAUGCAAAUUCUGUGGUGGUUGUUACUGAUACGCUGAUUGGUAAAGAAACAGUAGAAGUGAUUGAAGAUGUUGAUGGGGAGCUUAAAAAGAUGGAAGAUAAAGCUGAUAGAGAAAAUACUGCUACAAAGAAGUUAGAAUGCAAGGUUCCACCAGUAAAGUUGAGUGCUGGUGGUAGACAGAAACUUGAGAAAUUAGGGUUACCUUCACCAAGGAGACAGCCUACAUCAAACGCAAAACCAGGUGCAGAUUCAAUUGUAACUAAAGAAAAGACUAAACAAUAUGAACCACAGGGAAGUAAUGGAAAACAAACAAAGCCAAAUACUGUUCCUCGGUGGGUUCCACCUAAUAAAGGCCCUUUUACCAAUUCAACGCAUGUAGCAUAUCCACCAUCAAGGUAUAAUAGUGCACCACCUGCUCUUGCAUUUUGUGCUUCCCCAAAGGACUCUAGUGCUGGUGGUCAUGUAAAGAGUUCUUCAGUUGCCACCGCCCAUGGAGAUUUAAUUUCAAGUGAGAUUCCUUCUUCUCCAACUGAAUCACCUCCUUCGCCUGACUGCCAACAAGUUGUGCGUCCUUCUCCUUCUCCUUCUCCUUCUCCUCCACCUCCACCUCCACCUCCGCCUCCACCUCCGCCUCCGCCUCCACCUCCGCCUUAUUCCAACAAAUCUUCAUUGUAUGAUUUUCAGGCCAGUUCAGUAGGUGAAGCAUCUCCUCCACGUCCACCACCACCACCGCCGCCGCCGCCACCUCCACCUCAUUCACAGAUUGCUAAUGCGGUUUCCUUUUCUGCUCCACCUCCUCCUCCACCUCUGCCUCCUCCUUUUCCUUCCACAUCAUUUAGCAGGCAGAAUAUUCAGAUAGUUCCACAGCAUGUAUCCCCACCCCUACCUCCCCCUCCUCCCAUUCUCACUCCGUUUAGUAGACAGAAUACAGGGAAGGUUUUGCCUCCCCCACCUCCUCCACCCCCUUGGAAGUCUGAGUAUAUUCCAGCUGCUCAUGCUACGACUCAUUCUCCACCACCUCCUCCUCCACCCCCUCAUCUCCCUUUGAGUGCUUCUACUACUACAAAUCAUGGCAGAGUUGGAAUUCCCAAUCCACCACCACCACCUCUUACUCACACGUGUGGCACUCCUUUGGCUCCACCACUGCCUACUCAUGGAGUUAUAUCUCCUCCUCCUCCUCCCACCCCCACAUUGACAGCGUGUGGUGCUCCACCGCCACCACCACCGCCACCUCCCCCACCCCCUCCCUCACCCUUGCAGCCUGCACAUGGAGCUCCACAACCCCCACCUCCACCUCCUUUAUGUGGAACUCCACCACCACCUCCUCCAGGGCGUGGAGCUCCUCCACCACCGCCUCCUCCAGGGCGUAGAGCUCCUCCACCAGCACCGCCUCCUCCAGGGCGUGGAGCCCCUCCACCACCACCACCUCCUCCAGGGCGUGGAGCCCCUCCACAACCGCUGCUGCCUCCUCCAGGGCGUGGUGCCCCUCCUCCCCCACCACCUCCUCCAGGGCGUGGAGCCCCUCCUCCCCCAUCACCUCCAAGGAGUGGAGCCCCUCCCCCCACUGCAUCCAAGGAGUGGAGCCCCACCUCCCCCACCUCUUCCAAGGCAGGGAGGCCCACCUCCACCGCCCCCACCAGGAGCUCGUGUUCCUGGCCCUCCAGCACCCCCAGGAGCUCCAGGCAGUGCACCACCCCCUCCACCUCCAGGCAGUGCAAGAGGUCUACCUUCAGGAAGAGGGCGUGGACUUUCACGUCUUUCAGGGAUGGGGGCAUCUGCUACAGCACCCAGAAGAUCUUCCUUAAAGCCUUUGCAUUGGAGCAAGGUAACAAGGGCAAUACAAGGAAGCUUAUGGGAGGAGCUGCAAAGGCAUGGAGAGCCCCAAAUUUUUGCAUCAUUUUCUCUAUAUUUGAUGGUGUUGCAUCCUUGUGCCAUAGUGCACCAGAAUUUGAUGUGUCAGAGCUAGAAAGCCUUUUCUCUGCAACAGUCCCCAAACCUGCUGAUUCAGGAGGUAAAGCUGGAGGAAGACGCAAGUCUGUUGGAUCAAAAGCUGACAAAGUUAACCUGAUUGAUCUGCGGAGGGCGAAUAACACUGAAAUUAUGCUGACAAAAGUUAAGAUGCCACUUUCUGACAUGAUGGCUGCAGUACUAGCAAUGGAUGCGUCAAUAUUAGAUGUUGAUCAAGUGGAAAAUCUAAUAAAGUUCUGUCCCACUAAAGAGGAGAUGGAACUUCUCAAGGGCUACACUGGUGACAAGGAGAAUCUGGGAAAGUGUGAACAGUACUUCUUGGAGCUGAUGAAAGUUCCACGUGUUGAGUCCAAAUUGAGAGUAUUUUCUUUCAAGAUUCAAUUCGGCUCUCAGAUUUCAGAAUUUAAAAAGAGCUUAAACACUGUAAACUCUGCAUGUGAUGAGGUAUACUCUGCAAAUGAUAAUGAAGCCUUCCGUGUAGUCCGAAAUUCCCUCAAAUUGAAAGAAAUUAUGAAGAAAAUUCUUUAUCUGGGGAACACGCUGAAUCAAGGAACUGCACGGGGUUCUGCAAUUGGAUUCAAGUUGGACAGUCUUUUAAAACUCACUGAUACGCGUGCUUCUAACAACAAGAUGACGCUUAUGCAUUAUCUUUGCAAGGUGCUUGCUGCUAAGUCACCAGAGCUUCUAAAUUUUCACAGGGACCUUGUUAGCCUUGAAACUGCAUCUAAGUUACAAUUGAAGUCUUUAGCAGAAGAAAUGCAGGCUAUCAUCAAGGGAUUAGAGAAAGUUAAGCAGGAGCUGGGAGCAUCAGAAAAUGAUGGUCCUGUAUCUGAAGUUUUUCGAAAGACACUAAAAGAAUUCAUUGGUGUUGCUGAGACAGAGGUGGCAUCUGUGACAAAUUUGUAUGCUGUAGUGGGUAGAAAUGCGGAUGCCCUUGCACUGUACUUUGGUGAGGAUCCCGCACGUUGCCCAUUUGAGCAAGGCAAAUUGUUUCGUAAAGCGCAUGAAGAAAAUUUGAAACAGGCUGAACUGGAGAAGAAGAAAGCUGAGAAGGAGGCUGAAAUGGAGAAGGCAAAGGGAAUAAAUCUUACAAAGAAGAAUAGUGAACAGCGGCACAUGCUGCUGAGGAUUGGUAACAAGUAUGUGGUUCUCUGCUCCAGUUUUCUCCAGUAUGGUGCAAAUACGACCCUUACAAGUGAUACUUACAAGGCUCGAGCACCAUUCAAUGAGGCUUGCAGAGCUUGA